UAUGCUUUUAUAGACAUCCCAGCACUUUUAUAGUCUUCUCUCUGGAAAACUCUAACACCUACAAUGACUGCACCACCUCCAACAGAAAUAGUAAAACCCGAAACUAAUAAAGAACCACCACCAUCGUCACCACCAGAAGAACCACAACCGGGUUUCGAAUCUCUCAUAUGCAAGACUGUUGUAUUGAAAGUCUCAAUUCACUGUCAAGGUUGUGCAAGAAAAGUUAAGAAAGUUCUACAGAACAUAGAUGGUAUUUAUAACAUAGACAUCGAUUUGAGGCAACAAAAGGUUACAGUAAAGGGGAUAGUGGACAGCGAGAUUAUGAUCAAACAAUUGAACAAGACAGGAAAGCAUGCAGAGUUGUGGCCAGAUACUGUAGAACCGAAAAAGAAGAAGAAAAAGAAAAAGAAGAAAAAGAAGAAGGAUCCUAAUAGUUCUUCGCAGCAGAACAAAGAGAAACACAGUGACCAAGAAAGCGGGGACGAAAGCAACCAGAGCGGCGAGGAAAAUGAUCAAAAAGAAACUGUUAAGCUCAUUGUUCAAGACACAGCAAAAAAUAACGUCCUCGAAGGUGGCGCCACCAACGGUAAAAUCGGUGCGCAUUACCCAGAACCAAAGCCGGAGAUGAGGCAGACGGUGAUGUUCCCAGCCGGUUAUCCCCCACCGCCAAUGACAGAGAAAAAGGUUACCAUCGCCGUCCAUGGAAAUGACGAAAAUGAGAUUGGCGGUGGAGACAGAAAGGUGAGAAUGAAAGGUGUAACAGUUCUUGAUGAUUCUAACCACUACCACCACAUGGCACCCAACGAAAGUCCACCACGUCAUCAUCACACCUGUUAUCAGCAUCCACCACCACAUUACUAUGCACCCACACCUUCGAUGUAUAACGUGAGCUAUCAUACAGCAUAUCCUAAUGCCAAGAGGCACGGUGCAGCUACUGCUUAUUAUACCUCCACACAACCGCAUUCAGACGGUCACGUAACAGAGAUGGAUCCUUCACCAUACGAUUUAGAACCAUAUUAUUAUACUUAUACAUCCUUACCGUCAUAUAAUUCCUUCGAGUUCUUAAGUGAUGAAAAUCCAAAUGGAUGUAACAUAGUAUGAUUCAUGUAUGUACGAGUAUGGAGUAAUUUUUGUA